AGAGUCAAGAGUUGAUGCAGGGUGAGCGGGCAGAGAUAGUGAAGUCUGCAGUUAAAAUCCCUGGCCAGGGUCCUGGUCCCAUCCCAGUGGGCUUCCUGCCUGCCAGCCUGGGGGAGUGGCGUGGGCUGACCCCGACCAGAGUGACCGGGCCUCAACAUCACCUGGGAAUCUUGGAAGGAAACAGGUUCCUGGGCCUUGCUCCAACCUAAGGAAUCCAAAUCUGCAUAGCUCACAUGGCGCCGUAUUUCCAACGUUCAGAGCACAUUGGAAAGUUGGGAGGAAGGAUGAGGCUUGUAUUUUCACUCAGAAACUCCCUCCAGAAGAUGAUAAUGAAAGUGUCUGAUGCAUAAGGAAAUAAAUAAGAUUGUUAUGUGCCCAGCUCAAGGGCUAAGGUGUUGGUCAAGACCACACCCGAGGGGCUGCCAGUCACAGGGUGGGGUCCAAGCUCCUCACCCAGACCCAACCUCCCCUGCUCUGCAACCUCAUCCUUCCCCUGUCUUUCCUGGGUUAAAUUUUACACUUAGAAACACUGAAACCAGGCAGUUUCACACCUCCGAGCCUACAUCUGUGCUCAUCUCUUUACCUGAAACGUCUUCUCUCACCCCUCCCCCUCUGGCUAAUUCCUGCUCAUUCUCCAAGACCCAGUUCUCCGUGGUACCCCUUCUCACCCAACACACACCCCUCAAUCUAGCCUUUUCUCUGAGCAACCUACACCACCUUAUGCUGACCUGGUUGGGAGCACGUAUAUAGAAAGUUUGUGUGCCUGCCCCUCCCCAACUCGACCAGAAAUUCCUCAAAAGUAGGGUCUGUGGUGCUAAAUUUUGUCUCUGCAGUCUCUGACAUAUCAUAGGAGCUCAACAUAUAUCUGCUAAACCAAACAGAAUCCAGAUGAACAAGAAUGCCCUCGACAUGUAGAUGUCACAAUUCAACAGCAUUCUAAGGGUUUGCUCAUGCUCACGGGUAUCUUUAGGACAGGUGGCUUUUAAGGCCUCGGUAUAGAUGUAACACCCUACUCCCCUCGCACAAAAAAAAAAAACAAAAAAACUUUAACCCAAAUAAACUGAAAGUGAUUAUUUGCAUCUCAAAAGAUUGGGGGGAGGCAGGUUUUCUUUAAACAUUAAACCUUUGCUGGAACUUUCAGAAACUUGCCUUAUAGAUCAUUAACUUCUGGGGGAGGGUGGGAGCAGAAGCCGUGGAGUCUGAAUUCAGAGGUGCCUCUAUAAAAGAGGAAGCAAGGCAGAAAAUCUUGGAACCAGACAGAGCUGGGUUCAGAUUCUAGCUAUACUAGCUGUGUGGCCUUGGGCAAGCUACUUAACCUCUCUGCAGCUCGAUUUCUUUAUCACUAAAGUGGAGAUACACUAUACCUAUUUUGCAUGGUUGUUGUAAAGAUGUAAAAGAUCCUAUGUGGGGUACCUUAGCUCAUAGGAUGCCCCCAAUAACAGUAACAGUGUUGCUGCUGUCAGGCUUAACACUGGGCAUGCAGGAGAAGAAGGAGUCUUGAGGGGCUUUUAACUUAGACGGCAGGAAUAAGAAAGCCAGGAAGGGCCAAGCCACUGUGCCAGCACAUUUUCAGUAUCACAGCACUUCAUGAUUUUUUUCACAAAUCUUUUGAUUUUUUUUUAAACUAAAUCUUUCCAUGUUGAACAGGCAGACGCUGGCGACAGCACUGUGCAGUGUACUGGCAUGAGGGCCUGGACUCUAGGAGACUGGACUGCAGCUUACCCAGCUGUGGAUCCUGGGGCGUUCACUUACACUCAGUGUCUAUAGAAAGGAGACAAUAGGCCAGGCGUGGUGGCUCACGCUUGUAAUCCCAGCACUUUGGGAGGCCCAGGCGGGCAGAUCAUGAGGUCAGGAGAUCGAUGCCAUCCUGGCUAACACGGUGAAACCCCGUCGAUACUAAAAAUACAAAAAAUUAGCCAGGCACGGUGGUGGGCACCUGUAGUCCCAGCCACUUGGGAGGCUGAGGCAGGAGAAUGGUGUGAACCUGGGAGGCGGAGCUUGCAGUGAGCCGAGAUAGCGCCACAGCACUCCAGCCUGGGCGAAAGAAAGAGACUCCGUCUCAAAAAAAAAAAAAAAAAAGAAAGGAGACAAUAGCCACUGCCUACUUCUUAAGGCUGAAAUAACGAGAUUAUGAAUUUAAACUGCUUAGCCAAUGCCUGGUGCCAGUAUGCCCACUGCAAAUAGUGCAGGCACCACUCUGUGAAGCGAUCAAUACUAAAAAGCAAAAGCAGUCAAUGCUUUGUUAAAGGAACUUCUUGUUCUGGGAACAUGGUGAGUUUCGGGGAGGGAAGAGGCCACCCAGGACCCUGGAGACCACCUGUCACCAGAGCUGUGUAACUGCUACAGGAGAGGGGUCCCAAUCCAGACCACAAGAAAGGGUUCUUGCAUCUCUCGCAAGAAAGAAUUCAGGGCAAGGCUGGGCGUGGUGGCUCAUGCCUGUAAUCCCAGAACUUUGGGAGGCCGAGGCAGGUGGAUCACUUGAGGCCAGGAGUUCGAGACCAUCCUGGCCAACAUGGUGAAACCCCAUCUCUACUAAAAAUACAAAAAGUAGCCAGGCGUGGUGGUGCAUGUCUAUAGCCCCAGCUACUCAGGAGGCUGAGGUGGGAGAAUCCAUCGCCCCACUGCCCUCCAGCCUGGGCAACAGAGCAAGACUCUGUCUCAAAAAAAAAAAAAAAAAAAAAAAAGCAAGGUGCGUUCACAGUGCAAAUCAAAAGCAAGUUUAGUAAGAAAGUAAAGUGGUGAAAGUACAGCUACUCCAUAGACAGAGGAGGGAGUUCUGGAAAGUACGAGGAGGAACGCAUCCACCCUGGGUACAAUACUCGCUUACACAGGAUAAAAAAAGAUCAUGGGGAGAUGUGCUGUGCUACAAGGGUUUGUGAUAAAGGAUUGAUUUUCUUAAUUACUAUAUUUUGCAAUAAUCGAUAUUAUUAACUUUAAAGCAUAAUUAGAAAUGAGUCUGUUCUCAAGAUAUCAGGACACUCCUAAGUCUGGGUCUGUUUAGUAAACGUUAUUAAUUUGUUCUCUUAACCGUAAAUAUCUAGAAGCUGGGUAUAGCUAACUCACUGGGAAUGUGGCCCAGCAAGUCCCAGCCUCAUUUUCCUCGCCCUCACACAAGAUGGAGUCGCUCUGGUUCGAAGCCUCUGACGUAACCUUGGGCCUGUACUGUGACACAGAGGGUUUGCACUGGAUAAUCUCUCAAGCUCCUAGAUUGCCAAGACGGCAGUCCACUCACAGCUCCCCAGGCUCCUCUCUCCUGUUGCCCUGCCAGACGCCCCUUCCCCCACCUUGUGCAGAGUAACCCCCUCCUGACUCAAGAGGCAGCCCCUCUAGAAAACUUCCUUCCCCUCCUCCCCUGCCCGGGUACAUAUUGCGCGGCCCUUACUGUUGCUGUGUCUGUCCUGUCAUCUGGAGGUGCACAACUACCCCAUGCUUCACAGUGAAGCCAGUCGGCUGAAGGAAAGAUGAACGGGCACUUUCUCUUUGUAGAGAUUUCCGGAAUCUCCUGAGGCCACUUUUAUUGCUUCCCGUCUUUGUGAAAAAAUAGGCUUGGAAAUAGGUGAGGCUCGGUCACCCCCUCUGGGUGCAAGGAGAAAGCAAGCUCCGUCGGUUUGGGCCGCGGCUGCAGGGAAUGCCCCUGGUUGCGACCCCCGCCCCGCGCUGGGGAAAGUGAUCUGCUCGAGAGUCCCCAGGACCCUGACAACCGGUCCCCACCCAAGGCGGCGGCGGGCAAUUCCGGCACCGCGGCAGACGGGAUGCGCGGACCGCGUUCCCUCCGGGUUUCCCUCACGCCUCUGGAGAGCGGGAACCAACGACCUUGACCUCGGAGGAAACGGCUCUACGGAGCGAUGGACGGCCCCACAGAGAGGGCGGCCGGCUCCUCUGGAAAACUUGUCCACACAAAAGGCAUUCCUCAGCUUCCACCCCGAAAGGCGAGCCCUGGGUGUAGGGUUACCAGCGGCGCGCAGAGCCCGGCGAGAACGUGGUGCGCCCCCAGCUCCUGCCCGCGCUCCCCGGCCUCGGUGCGCCCCGCGCGCCUCCGCUCUUGCGCCCGCUUUCCCGCGGGGAAGGGGCCACCGCCCUGCGAGGCUGGCGGCCGCCCCGUCGUCCCCAAGCUCGGGGCCGCCCUGGACUUCCAUCCCGCGCCUCUGACGGCCGGGGACACUCGCUCCCUGGGCUGCGGCUCAGGAGAGGCGGCCCCGCGGGGCUCCGGGCGGGGUGGGAGGCCGAGGCCCGGCUCCUCCAGCCCCUCCCGCGGCCCCACCUCUCCGCGCUCCGCUCCCUCUGCCCAGCGCGGGCCGGGAAGGCGCGGGCUUGGCCGCUCUUCCCCUCCACGGCAAAGCCGUGAACGGACAGCUGAUGCCACUUCCUUCCCUGCCAGCGCCCUCCCUGCCCGACCCCGCUUCCCGUCCUCUCCCCGGGAGGGAGUGCGGCCCGUGGGGCGCUGCGCCGGCCAGACCCACCCGGGGCCCGGGGGCUGCCCGCAGAGCCGGGAGCUGGCCCGGCCUCGGCGCCAUCCCGGACCCCCGGUCGGCCGCGCCCCGAGGGGCGAGGCCUGCGGGCCGCACUCCCUCCGGCCCCGGAUUCGGGGCUGGAAGUCCCUCCCCGAACCCAGCAGCUGGCCUGGGAGGGAGAAGGGGCUGGAGAGGGCCUGGCCUCUCCGAGGGAUGGAGGGGACAGAGGCGGCGGCGGCCAAACCCGCGGGCGGCAGCCCCCAAGGGCUCAAGACAGGGAGUGGAACAGCCAGCCCCAUGGAGGGGACCUCAGCUGUGGAGUGGAGUGGUCCUGAGCCACAACUGGAUAACGGACACCCCCCAAGACCCUGGCCUUGCCCUCAGGAAAACAGAACAUCCAGCCCGAUGGCCCCCCAGCCUCCCAGGGUAUGGGGAGUACAGCUCCAAGGCCCCUCUGUGCUGGAAUCCAAGGUGAGGGCUUUGAAGGAGAAGAUGACAGUGGCCAAACAGAGAGUGAGUCCCUGCUCUGCUUCCCAAGAGUGGUCAUCCCCCAAGAAACCCCAAUGCAGACGAGGCAAGGCAGGGAGAGCCGGGACUCCAUCAGAGGGGUCUUUCCUGCCAGGUGCUGUGGUGGCUCCUCAUACCCAAAACCUGCCUGAUGGGCAGCUGGACGGCAGCAUCAAUGAGGAGCAACCCGCCAGGGAUGGAGGCCCCAGGCUUCCCAGGCCGCCUGCCCCUGGACGUGAGUACUGCAACAGGGGGAGCCCGUGGCCUCCAGAAGCCGAAUGGACACUUCCUGACCAUGAGAGAGGUCCGCUGCUGGGGCCCAGCUCUUUGCAACAGAGCCCCAUCCAUGGAGUUACUCCCGGACGGCCUGGGGGUCCUGGUCAUUGUAACAAAAUCAUCCACAUUCCCAGCCCAAGGACAGGAAGGUCCUACCCUUUUCCAGAUGGCAUGGUCACAGAGGCAGAUCUGGAUAGCACAUCCCUGACCUCCGAGGAGGACUUUGUCCCCAGGACAGCCCUGCUGGGUGAGCGCUGGAGAGCUGGAGACCUGGAGGCUCUGGGCGCUGGGAGCAGUGUCUUGUCCCUGUCUGAUCGGGUGGAGAGAAACCGCCUGUUGCUGCAGGAGAUGCUCAACGUUUCUGGGCAGAGCCCCCGCAAGGUGGGAACCCCCGCCUGGACUCCAUCCUGGGACACAGCUGCACCAGAGCCACCAGUGGGGGAUGUGGACUGGGCCUCGGGCACCUCCUUGCAGGACUCCGGCCAGAACAGGACCGUUGGUCCCAACCCGGAGCCUGUGCUGAGCCCCAGGCAUGAGGAAGCCACGCAUCUGCUGCAGCGUGCCCGCAUGAAGGCCAGGACCCGGCCGCUCCGUGCCAGCCAUGACAUCGUGCCCACCAUUACCCAGGGCAGCCGAGAUGGCCACAGAAGCCCAGCCCGGGACCCCAGGACGACCCCUGCCUGCAGAGACAGCCUCCAGAACGGGCACACGAGCGAUUCCUCCAGCGGAGAGUCCAGCGGCGGGCAGAGGCCGAGGCGGGGCCCCUCGCCGUCGCACGUGCGCUUUGAGGAUGAGUCCGCCCGCGAAGCGGAGUUCCGUCACCUGGAGCGGCUGCAGCAGCGCCAGCGCCAGGUGCUGAGCACCGUGUUGCCGGCCGCGGACCAGGGCCCCCUGCGCUCCAAGCCCGACCUCGCCGACUACAUCAACGGGGCCCCCCGGCUCCGGGACGCGGGGCAGGGGACAUUCCACCGGCUUGUGGGCAGCCUGGACCGCAGGGGACACCCGGCACCGCCGGCACCGGGCAGCGAGAGGAGGUGCCAGGCCUGCGGCAGCUGCAUCGAAGACCCGCGCCCCGCCCAGGGGAAGGCGCCCCCCGACCCCAGGACCCUCCAGGAGCUCCAGGCUGCCUGUGGGAUGGAAAGGGUGCUGGGUGGCCUGAGCUCCCCACUCCGGCUCCUUCCUGCUGAGCCCCGGCUCCACAUGGAAUGGAUCCGGGAAACACACAUCGGAGACACCGUGUGCCCUGCGGAGGUGGACUCUGCCCUGGACAGCACAGACAACUCUGACAACUGCAGGACCGACAGUGAGGAGGCGGGGACCUCUCAGGCUGGCUGGGCGUGUGGGCGGACCCAAGGCAGCAGCCCGCGACUGCGACUGCGGGGCUCCAGGCCUGGAGGCCACAGUUGGUCCAAGAAGGCUGAGGCGGAGCUCCCUUGGGGCCUUCAGGCCCAGCAACACCUGCCUAGGGCUGAUGAUGUGGAGGUGGAAAAUGAGGUAAAGGAGGGCAGAGGACACACGCCUGAGGGAACUCUAUUUUUGAGAGAAGAUUCCAAGUCUCCUGACCUGGAGUUGAAGCGGGUGUUCCUGGGACCCCAGUGGCAGCCUGGACCAGGGCUGGGAAGUCACCAGGCUCACCCUUUGGAUUCCCAGACUCCAUGCAGGACAGCCUAUGCCACCACCUCCCCCAUGACACCUGAAUCAUCGGGGCCAGGAGGCCAGGCCCAGGUUACAGAAAGCCACGAGUCCCUGGAAAUUGUCUCUCCUUCCUCCCUGCAACAGAGCCAUGCAGAGCCUUCUGCCCCACACCAAGCCUGGCAGCCAACAGCUUCCUUUUGUCCUGAAGGCUGGGCGCCAACUCCUCCCCCUUCGAGGAAAACCACCUCGCCAGUGUCUCACAGAAAGGCAGCCCUUGCUGGGCUGCUCAGGCCGGGUGACCAGAGAGAGCCUGUGGGUAUCCCUCGGCCUCCUUCAAGAAGCGCGGUUCUCAGGACCUGUGAGCUGCCCCCAUCACAGACCCAGCCCAGCUGCCCUCAGGUCAGGCACCCACUGCUGGCCCUGUCCACCAACAACUGCAACAACAGCACACCUCGGGGGCUGCAGGAGCCCUACGGGGGAGCCGUCCACGAGGGUAGGGUGGAGAGCGGCCCCUGCAGCCGGGAACCGGAGCCGCCCCUGGAGAACAGCAGAGAUGGAGGACCCCAGGGCUUUCUUGGCUCAGCAGAUGUUGCCACCAUCAACUCCAUGGGCAUCACCCUCUCCCUGUCCUCAGAGGAGUCAGAGUCCAGCAAGGAAUCAGAGGGAAGCCUGCAGAGGACAGGGUCAGGAUCUGGAGGACAUGUGCUGUCAAGAGCAUCAGCAGGAGCUGGCACAGGACCCGGCUCCCCCUCGGCUGCCCCUUUGGACCAGAACAAGAAAAGGAGCAGCAGCGUAGCCUCCACCCUGGGGCUGAAAAAGCUCUUCUCAGCCCUGGGCCAGAGUUCCCGGCCCAAGCUGGGCAAGUCCCGCAGCUACAGCGUGGAGCAGUUGCAGCCCGCCCCGCCUGGCCUGACGUCACACUCCAGGGCCCCAUCGUUACAAUCCCUGCACCCGGUGUCACCCUCUCACCAGCAUCGGAAAGCUGCCUCUUUUCAGAACCUCCAUUCUCUGCUGAGCAGCAAGGGGGACCGGUCCAGCCUCUACCUGGUAGCAGGGCCAGGGGACCACAGUGCAGCUGGCAGGCCGGCCAAGACUUCACCACGGCGUGCCCUCAGUGUGGAGGACGUGGGUGCUCCCAGCCUGGCUCGCACCGUGGGCCGCCUGGUGGAGGUGUUCCCAGACGGCACCAGCCAGCUGCAGCUGCAGCGCUCCCCGGGGGGCACGUUCGGCUUCUGCGUGGCCUCUGGGAAUGGGCGCCCAGACUCAGGGAUCUACGUGCAGGAGAUGGCUGACGUGAGCACGGCCAAGCUGUACUCAGGGCUGCUGGGGGUGGGCGAUGAGAUCCUCGAGGUGAACGGGGCCAAGGUGGCAGGGCUGGGCUUGGCUCACAUUAAGGAGCUCCUGGCCCACUCAGAGAGCUUGUCAAUCCGUGUCCUGAGGCAGAGACCUGUCCCACGGUGACCCAGAAGUGCCGCUGCCCUCACUGUCACCGCCUCGGAAGCCCUGAAGCACUCGGGGUGGUUGGCAGGAACGUGCUGCACAGAGCUGCUCUGUGGCGGAAACAGAUCCUGGCAGCAUCUAACCCCUUGGGCUGUGGCAGGGCUUCUGUGGUGGGCUGCCUUUGGGAGACGCAAGGAGCCUGUUUGCAUAUUUUGUUUAAGGCCAUUUAUCCAGAACUAGAAAAAGAAAAAAACGGGUCUCCUUCCAUGUCUGAGGGGGUGUCAAUAUCUACUUGUACCUUUGCUGGCAGGGGGAGAAGGGAGAUUCAGUGGAUCCUUUGGUUGAUGCCUGAGAGCCGGCCUCACCUCCUGGUCCCACUCCUGGUCAAAGGCUACAGCCUCCAACACUGUGGAGCCAAAGAAAACACAUGUCCAUAUUGGCCUUGACCCUUCCCUAUUUCAGCCACGUUCCUCCCUACUCCAUUCACUGCCCUUGCCCUUUAUCCAGAAAUGGGCAAAGUGUCCCGGAGUACCAGCCUUACAGCCAUUGACCAUAUAUGCCAAACCAAAAUCAGAACGUGUGGUCUGGCAGGAGUUUUAUGCCCCUUUGGGGUGUGUGAAUUCUGGGAGAUGUUAUCUGGUAGCCAGAAUAUUAAAAAUUUCUAGGAAAUUUUUUUUAUACAUAAAGUUGAAAACAACAACAACAACAACAAAGACCAAUUUCAGGACGUGCUACUGUGGUAGCCAGGAUCCAGCUAGUGGGACUAGCCAGACCAGCCCCAUGCCACCCCGGCUGCUGCCUCUGCCCAGGUGGAGGCAAGAGUUGCUGCAACCUGACCUGUGGCAGCCUCCAUCUUAGUUCUGUCCAGCUUGGACACAGGGCUGCAGCAGGUGCCUGGCCAUCACAGCUGCAUGCUUUCUGCCCAGACCUCCUGGCAGUGCUGUCGGUGGGCAGGUGGGUGGGUGGGCAGCAGGGAAGCUGCAGAGAGCGGGGCUGGGCCAUCUGCCUGGGCCUCAGUGCUGCCUGGAGGGCUGGGACUCUUUGGGAGUGGAUGGCCAUGUGUCAGUCUUAACUUAUUAAAAAGCAAACUAAA